UAAUUUUUUCAUGCGCUGCUGAUGUAAACUCGGAGUAUUUUUGCACAAUUCUAGAAGCCUUCCAGAAGCAAGGUCGCAAGCACGCACAUUUUGUCUGGAAGUCUCCAUCAGUGAACGGAAGAAUCAUUUUUGUCGACAGAAGCAAUUUUGCGUCCUGAUCAUCCAGUUUCGAUCAGGUUUUCGAAUGUGUGAAAAGAUCAAACAAUCACGCUCGUGCGACACUAUAGCAACAAAGCACUGAGGCAACGACAAAUCAAAUGGCAAUGCGCGGUGUAUUUCACGAACUAAUGAUAGGCAAUAAAGUGAGCCGUUAUAACUCGUUAGAUUUUGUUGAUAAUAAUUCGCAUUUUGAACUGAAAUGGAAAAAGGCACCACGUAGUGUUAAGGACGAAAGAGGCAUUUGUUUGGAAGCAAUACGUGAUCAAGGAAGGGGAAAGAGGUAUCAUGAAGCUUCCUGCAACAUUCAGACUUACAGAAUGUUAACCUACACCAGUAAUUUCACCCUAACACCACCAUCAGCAGCAGCAGCAGGGGGCAAGAUCAAGAUGCAGGACAGUAGCAAUCAUCCUGCUACAAUGGUGGCCAUGAUUCUGCCAGCAGCUGUAUGUUUAGUGGUGGUGAUUGCCUUGCUGUUGUAUCAUUACUAUAGGAGAGCAUCAGGACCAGUCUGGAUACCUAAGCUUGCCUCCAUACGCGGUCGUUACCGCACUAUGAGUAAUGAAGAUCAAGCCAGUCCAGAUAGUUUCAUAAUGGGAUUCACUAACCCGAUCACAGAGAGCUCAGUGGAUUGUUUUGACAAGGCUGAUGGUAAAGUUACUAUUUUGGGUUACAGGCCACUCCGAGAGGACGCUGACAAAUAUGGCUUUAAAGGUUACAGCCAGCACUUCAAACAUAUGUUCCCGCGGGAUCGUUUGGUGUUUGGUACUGAACUCGGGACUGGGUGGUUUGGAAAGGUUUACGAAGCAGAUGCACUUCGCGUUAAAACAGGGUUGAGAAAAACAAAAGUGAUGGUGAAAGAACUGCGCAAACAUUCUGACACAAAAGCCAAGGAAAGUUUCCUCAAGGAAACGGAUAUUUUAAGGUGCGUUGAGCACAAAAACGUUUUGAGUGUUUUAGGACAGUCAACAGAGCAGGAACCAUUUCUGGUCGUUUUGGAACAUUCUCCUUUGGGAGACUUGAAGAAAUUUCUUCUGGAUCAACGUUCCAACAGGAAGCGGGAUGGUGUUCCGCUACCUUUGCGCAUGUCUAUUGAUAUCGCCUCUGGACUUCAUUGCUUACAUGCAAAUUACUAUUACCAUAGUGACCUUGCUGCGCGAAACUGUUUGGUGUUUCCUGAUUUGUCCGUGAAAAUUGGUGACUAUGGAAUUGCAAGAUGUAAUUACAAGAAUGACUACUAUAACAGACCACAAGCCCCAAACACCAUCCCUAUUAGAUGGUUAGCGCCAGAGUGUGUGGCCUUUCAAGAAGACGGAACCUUGGUGAAUAAACUACUAUCAAGUCAGGGAAAUGUUUGGUGAGUAGCAGUGUAAAGUUCACAGACUUGGUCAGCUGUUUGUGGGAAAAGGAGGAUUCAGAAAUUCGCGGGUAACCAUUUAAAGUCCUCGGUUUACUCAGACCUCAUCCACAUCCCAUUCGAAAGUGUGCCCUGAAAAACACCCUUCUUUUGCAGAUAUGAGCUGAUGCUUCAGUGCUGGGUAGAACCUGACAGAAGACCUUCGGUUCAAAAACUCGAGUCAACGCUGAUGUCUUUGAUGUCGGGCCACUCUGUACCCUGUCUUACGACCAGUGAUAACGUGAAACAACGAACGGCACUUCUCGAGAGUCAAGCUUCUCCUGACACUAAAGGUAACCCACAGCCGAUCGCCGUGGUUCGUCCUCUUCGCCUCGAACAAGAUGAACCAAAUUCUAAUCAUAACGAAGUCCACCAGAUUAACUCUAACGAUCAUGAACAGACUUCAUCCGAUGUGGAAGUAACUAUUAUUUCUUCAGAAUCACCACCGCCAGUCACAUACAUCGGAAAUCCCUCGGAAGAACUCGGGGAUUGUUCAGAAAAAGCCGAAAGUCCUUCAUCGGAGGUGUCAUGUGUGGAUUCCCAAACGUCAGUGAUCGUACAUCCAGAGGAUCAUGAGUAUGUGAUGGUGCCUGGUGAAGUCAUCCGUAGAAGAGGAUCCAUUUUGAAGAAUCCGAACGCCCCAUCAAAGCCUCCCAAGGUGGUUCAUUUUCCAGUCAACAUUCUUGCCCUGCGAACUGUUCACAAGUAUGAAAGGAUGGACUCCUUUGAAGAGGAUGAAGCAGACGCUAUCCCUAGAACAGAUGAAGAAGACGGAGAAGAGUCUGGGGGAAGCAAAUCUAAGUUUCCUGCAGAAAAAGACUUUGAAAGCCUUCAUUCAGAAUUAACUGCAGUCAACGGGACAGAUUUGGCUAACGAACCGCCAUUAUCGCCGACUGAAAAGAAGAUUAGAAUGGCUGCUCGGCGGAAGAAACUGCUCGAAGAUGGCGAUAAAGAGUGGGUAACUGCAGUGGAAUCGAAUCCAGACCAACCUGCGUAGGGUUUGGAAGAAGUUUGUUGGACUCCUCUUUAUGGACCAAGCAGUAAGGCGAUCCCAACCGAUGAGCGUUUGGAGAUGGCGGCAAAGUGCGACAAGACCGUAGCGAUCAAAUUUUGCACCAAAAUUGUGACUAACGUAGUUUAACGGGAGAUCGAUAGACCCAGACUGACUUCCAUCUAAAAAGCUAGUUUAUUAAUACGAGUGGCUCCUCUCUGAAACACUGCAGUAUAUUUCAUUAGAGUUUUGAUAUCGGCCCCAUUUGAUUGUUUAGAAGGUCGAUUAUAAUCAUCACAUGAUGUGAAUCAGUAUUUUGGAUACAAGGUUAACUGUACCGCUAGAAUUCUGAAUAUUUGUACUUUCAAAUCGAAAAUACAAUUACAGUUUAAGAGGAAACGCAUCAAAAACCCUUCAUUAAGUAAUGAAUAUUGUGUGUCAUAUCGAAAAUCCUCAUGCUGUGGAAAAUUUGAAAAUGUUUUUAUGGGCUUUCAUCUAAAUUCGCCCGUUUUAAGCUUGAUUUCGGUGGUAGAAUUGUCUUUGCUACAGAAAUCGUUUGACUUCCAUCAAAUUGAUAUGCACAUGGUGUUUUAGUCGUAUAACUUCUAUUUCGAACAAGUUUGCACGAGUAUUUUAUCGAAAACGGGAUUGCAAUUAUGUUGAUCACAUCACACUUUCAUUGGAGUAUAUUUUCCUAAUGAGUAACUAUGAUAAUUUGCUUAAAGAAAGAGAGAGAAUUUAUUUGCAAAAUUUUAAUAAAAUAAAGGAACAAGUUCUUCGUAGUCUUUA